AUGUCAGAAUGGCUACGGCCGUUGCAGCUAGAGCGGCAGCAUCACCUGCUGCCGGGAGAGUGGUGGGCGCUGGCCAGUGUAUGCUUCGGGCUGGUGGUGUUUGCGGGGCUCAUGUCAGGCCUCACCUUGGGACUCAUGUCCCUCGACGCCGUUGACAUGGAGGUCCUGAAGCGCAGCGGAACUGAUGCAGAGAAGCGCUACGCAGCGCGCAUAAUCCCUGUCAUCGCCAACGAGCAUUUUCUGCUCGUUACCUUGUUAUUGUGCAAUGCAGCUGCGGCAGAGGCCCUGCCCCUGUUCCUUGACCGCCUGGCCGACCCCCUCACGGCCGUUCUGCUGAGCACGACAGUGGUGCUGGUGUUUGGAGAGGUGCUGCCUCAGGCAGUGUGCUCACGAUACGGCCUGAUGAUUGGUGCCAACAGUGCGUGGUUUGUGCGUCUGCUGAUGGCCAUCGCAGCACCCCUGGCCUGGCCUGUUGGCAAGCUGCUGGACAUUCUGCUGGGAGGAGAGCACACAGCGCUGUUUCGCCGCGCGCAGCUCAAGGCCUUGGUGGGGCUCCACGGGGAGGAGGAGGGUCUGGGGGGCACCCUGAGUGUCGACGAGAUCUCCAUCAUAUCGGGCGCCCUGGACCUCACGCACAAGACGGCCUGGACCGCCAUGACGCCCCUCGACAAGGUGUUCAUGCUGCCGGUGGAGCGCCCCCUGGACGAGGCCUGCCUCCAGGACAUACUCAGCCGCGGUCACAGCAGGGUGCCAGUCUACACCGCGGCAGAUAGGCAUGCUGUUGUGGGGUUGAUCCUGGCAAAAGAGUUGGUGCUGGUGGACCCAGCAGAGAAACUGACAGUGGGGCAGCUGCCCAUGCGCACGCUGCCGCGCCUCAGCGCCGCCACGCCGCUCUAUGACAUGCUCAAGCUGUUUGAGGCGGGGGGCAGCCACAUGGCGCUCCUCGUGCGCCAGGACACAGGGGCACAUGGCCCUGGGCAGGGGCCGCGCGGGGCUCCGGGCAGCGGCAGCAUCGCCCGCGCGCGCUCUGGCCUCAUCGUCUCGGGCGACAGUGCCUACAUCAUACAGGCAGCCGACGCGGCUGGAAACAUGUCUGCCUUGGGGCCUGCGGACGGCGGUGAGUCCUGGGCCCCACCAGGUGGCUGGGGUGACACGUGUGAAGGCGAUGCUGUGGGCAUCAUCACGAUUGAGGACGUCAUCGAGGAGCUGCUGGGGGCCGAGAUUGUGGACGAAACCGAUCUCUUCGUGGACAACCAGCAGACCUCUCGCGUUGAUGCAGGAGAGCUGUCGAAGUCGCUGCCAGCGCGGCUGCGCAAGGUGCGACCGGGCCCCAUCGGACACCCCCUGCAAUGGGAGUCGCUGCCUCCUUGA